GAAGAGAGACUGGCCGCGAGAAGAAGCAAAAUCAGACACAAGUUAGGCCGAUUCAUUGAACUUGUGUAUGCUCUCCAGGUGAACAGGCAAGGGCCUGGAAGAGAUAGUACAAAAACAAAAAUACAGAUAAGGGCCUGAGACAAGAUUACAAAGAAGUGAUCAUUCUAGGCCUGGUUAGCUAAAUUUGAUUACUCAAGCCUAAAGAAAAAACUAAAGUAGACUUCCCCGAUAAGCCUUUGGAGUGCUGUAAACUCUUUAGCGCAAACCCAGCAGCCUCCGUAGCAUCUCGAUCCUUCGCUACAGGUUUUAGGAAGACUUGAUAUUUUGAAAAGGCUGCUAGAGUUAAACAUGUUAGGGACUGUCAGGAAAGUACUGCAGCUAGCAGGUCCUUGACGUGGGCAAAAUGAGAAUGAAAGUCUCUAAUCUCAGUGCUGGGCAGCUUCUUAGUUACUGUUCACUUGCUUCUAAGGCUCUCUCAGUUAAUGCAGUAUUGGUGUAGAAAAGCAGAGGUUCUAAAAUAAUCACCAUGCGGCUUUUCCCCCUUUUCCUUUCCCCAAGUAUGACAGGGUUGUGAAUAAAUACAGGGUUUGUAUGGGAAGAUGAAGCGUUUCCUGUAAGUUUCGAUGCUGACAAGACAGUCUGGAAAUGAUACCAACAUUCUGAGGAUUUUUUUUUUUUAAACCUUUGAGCGAAAGUUUAUUAAUGGCAUGCUCAAACUUCACAAGUUAAACUUGUAUGUUCAUCAUGUUUAUCCUUCUGUAAGAUUUCAGAACUUCCUUUUAAAGCUAUACUCUUGAGGUCAAAACGUCUCCAGUCAGUUAAGUAGACAGGGCUCCGAAUAUGCUAGUUUGGUGAUUAUGUCUAGAUAUUAGUACGGUGAAAAUAAAACUGCAAAGGAGGAAAUCAUGUCUUAAUGCCUCUAUUCUGCCGUGAUUUCUCUAACUGCAAGAUAUUGGGAACCUUCAUCAGUGCUCGGCAAAAUUUUAUUUACCUUUGGUGAGCUGAUUUUCAUGGCUUCCCAAUAUGCCUGUUGCAUGGUAAGCUAUGUUUGUGUAGAAUACUUUUACAUACAUAAUAACUAAGUCUGACACUCUCCAAAUAACUCGUAGAAAGUAGCUAGGAAAAAAGUUUGUCACUUCUGAAUUUUAGAUUCUGUUAGUGUUUGUGCUGCUGGGUGGCUCUUGUCCUUUGUUAUAGCUAGCAUUAAAGGUGCGGAAGAGACUGCCGGAGUGGCUGUGAAUCCUGAGUUGAAUUCAGAGCUCCACACUUUUGACUACUAAUAUUGUGAACAAUUUUACAUAAAUUUCUACAUACUUUCAUACUAACCAGUUUAGCAUCCAAAUCGGUGUGUAUUUAAUCAUGAGUGACUUACAUGUGCCCUUAUGUUGUUUUUGGCAUUAUUUUUACUUUUCUUUUAAGUCAUAUAACACUCCUGAAUUUAUUCUAGUUUUCACUAUAGGUCUCUGUAAAACACAUAGGGAAAUCUUCAUUCAUAAGAAAACCUUCUCAACAGGGAUGUGAAUGCACCUGUGGGAAAGUUGCUCUUAAGAUAAAGUAUUUAAUGGUGCUUUUACUAAUGUUGGUAUUUAUUAUUAUUAUUAUUAUUAUUAUUAUGAGUCCAUGCACAGAGAGAAGCCACUAUUUGCUUCUAAAGAUAUAUGCAUUUUCUAUUAAGAACUAAGGCCACGGCGUGAGGUUUUGUAAACACUUAACGCUAUUUUUUGAAGUAAAUUGACAUUGCUGAAAAAUUUUAAACUUGCAAAAGACUUUGUUUUUGAGUUAGAACUUUAUUUUGAAUUUGAAAUUGGUGUCAGCAUGGAUAACUGGCUUUCUGAUAAUAUAUACAUAUAUAUUAUCAAAAAAUAACAAAUUAUAUAUAUAUAAUUUUGUUAAUCUAAUACAUCCUUUGAGAGCAAACAAUAAUAUCAAAACACUGUGUUAUUGUUCAUAGAACAAAAUAGACUUUCAGAGAGUUGCGGACAGGUGUCUAUAAUUGAUUUCAAGGGAAAUUAUUAUUUUUGAAACAAGCGAUGAACUUUAAAUAAAACAACUGGCUCCCAUUAAAACAUAUCCUCAUGAAGAUAUUCUCUGGUGUGUAAAAUGAAGCCAUUCAUUCAACACACUGACAACUUUCCACUUGGUAUUUGCCUCUGCUUAAUUUAGUUUCCUCGGGACAGCUAGUGUGGUAGCCUGCAUCUGUUUUUGGCAGGCAUAGAAAACUAUAAACUCAGACAGUUCUGACUCAAAUAUUGUAUUUAGCUCAUGAGUUACAAUCAAUUUGAUAAAGAACAGGCAAGUUGUAUGAGCUUGCUUCCUGUUGUUCAUCCUUGGCCCAGCUUUCAGGUAACAGACUUCUCGUUCUUCUUUUUCUAGUUAUGAUUACUAAUACUGCUGAUAGCUAAUUAUUCUUGUUAUGCUUCCUUAUUUAUUAUUUUUUUUGAGCUAUGGGGGAAUGAAUAAUAACAUAUACAGACAUACAUAUACAGCAUAUCUAUGGAAUAGCUACAUUUUAUUUGGGGCUAUGUGGAAGUGAAUUGUGUUGUCAUAACAGGAUUUAUGGGAUCUAAUGGAGCCAUUGUAGAUAUAAUAUAAAGACAAUUUACUAUCGAGCUGAAAUUUAACAUCAUUUUCCAAGUAUACUUAUUAUGCUCAUGUAUAGAAAAGAUUUAACAUACUUUACAUUAUUACUUGCAUUUUAGAAACUGAGCAGUUGGUUUUAACAUGACCAAAAUCACUUUUCUCCUCAACUUUUUGAUCAGUCUACUGAAAUACCCUAAAAUGCCAAGGUUUUCUUUUUGACUACCGCUUAGUUGCAAAUAGAGAUCAGCUUGUUUUAUCUUUCAAUGUAACUUGGUCCAAAGUAUUUGCAUUAAAUAUUCUAUUAUUGAUAACCUUCAUAAGUGACACUUCAAAUGGUACAGUUAUGCCCAUGUUGGGGUGUCUUUAUAUCACUCUAUGACCCUUGUUUCCCUGGGAAGUGAAUUUGCAAACCUUUGGUUUGUUUCUCUGUAGGAUAUAAUAAUGGAGAAAUUGAUUUGGGUUGGAAAGAGAUCUUGGGGCAUAAGGAAACGCUUUUACUGAAUUCAUAAGAUGCUGAACAUUAUUUGGAUUGUUAAAAGCUAGUCCAGAGAAGCCUGCUAGAGAUAAUAGCUACCGGAACCAUUGUAACUUUGCCGCACGGUACUUUUUAUUAUCCCAUCUCUUUUUGACCCCUCAGAGCGCAGUUCCAAGUACCAAAAACAAAGAUGAAAUUAUCAGUGUACUUCAGAUCUGAAGCAUCAUUGAAAUAAGUUUUUGACUCAAGGUAUAAUUGAAAUACAAGCAUCAAGGCUGGCCGUACAGCAUGUUGCAUUCAAAAGAAUAAGAUAAAAAUUACUUUUAAUUUUUAAGAUGUUGCUAGCUCUUUAAAAACCUGCAGUACAUACUUUACAAGUGGCUCGACACCUUCCCUGCUGCUCAGUUUAUACAAGUAGGAAACUUUCUCUCCUGCUCUCUCUCUCUCUCUCUCUCUCUCUCUCUCUCUCUCUCUCUCUUGUUUUCUCUAAACCAACUGACGUCAUGACAAACUUUGCUUUAAAAGAACAGACAGAAGUAAUUGGUAGCUUUUAACUUUUAAUAAUGUUCUGCAAUGGUUUCGGUGGCCAAAAUGCUAUUUUUUUCUUAAAAGGGGGAAAAAAAAAGUUCAAGUAAAAACGGGCUUGUGGCCCGAGGAAGAAAAGCUCCGUUGAUACAGUUAUUUUUAUUCUUGUUUUUCAAUCUGUUAUUAAAACUCAUUCAUGCUUAGCUCUGCUAUAACUCCUGAGCUGUUCUCAGUGAUGGCUGGUGCAUUUGAGGUUGCCACCAUUUAAACAGUUUGGGAGUUUGCCGGGAAAAUGGGUGUUUGUGUUACUUUAUUUCUUUACUAUUUGAAAGAAGAAAAAAAAAAAAAACCCAACAAGUUUUGUUUCGAUUGAGAUUAAUUAAUGAAGGUUAUCAAUGGUGACAGGUCAGUGAAUAUGUUUAUAUAGAGAAUGCCACACCUGUUACCAGGAGCCUAAAAUAUGGAGGUUUAAUUGUGACAUUAAUCAUUUUUAUGUGCAGAGGAAGGAAAAUAGAUGAAAUGUUCCCAAAAAUGCAGUUUUAUAUUGAAAACAUGAGUUUCGAGGGUCAGCUUGUUCCUACUGGAAGUGUUGCAUUUUUCACCUUGAAAAAUUUAAAUGGCACCCGUAAACCUUAUUUAUCACAGAGUAUUUUAACUCUAUUUUAAUAAUUGUUUUCUUCCCUGUAGAAUUUGCACAGGCAAAUAGAACUUCAUCUGCUUAAGAGACACCUUGAUCACAUUCAUUGUCAGGGGCCAACUUCAGAAGUUGGCAAGGAGCAAAGUCUUUCUGGGGUGAAAAAAAAAAUUGUGUCAGUAUUUCCUUCCCUGGGAAAAGCUGCUCCACCCAAAAGUAGGGCCUUCUUUCCCGUUUGUGGGGCAGAACUUGGUGUCGAUGUUCCUCAUGCAAGCUGCUGCUGAAGUUUAAGUCUUUGUUGUAAUAAUACCAGAUUUCAUGUGAGAGCUAGUUAUUUUUACCCCUUCCAUAUCUAGAGACCCUCUCAGGAAUAAGACACCAUGAAAGGAGGUGUCUCACAGAGGAAGACUGGUCAUUAAUACAUUUAUAAUUAUCAAAAUAUUUCUGCAUACUCCAGACCCUUCAGUGUUUCCUUCUUAGCUAGUUUUGAUUUACUUUAUUCGGUCUCAGCUUUUACUACGAGAGCUAUAGACUUCAGUUCAUAUCCGACAGAUUUCUCCUUUGAUAACAACUUCUUUGCUUAAACAUUUUUUCCCCCAGGAAAAAGUAGCAGAAUUAAGCUAUGUGUUGCUUGUAUCAACAUAGUGCAGAUUUAUUGAAUUGAGAUUUUAUUUAAUUCAUAAUGCUAUAGAGAGCUUGCAAGCAUAAAUUUCAAGUCAUAGGUAUGCCUGAAAUGAAUUUUUUAUUUAAUAAAUAUUGGUCUGCUGUUUCAAAAUUGGGGAUAGUUAAAAAGUUUUGAAAGAAGCAAAAAAGGCAGAGUGAAGUAUUUGCAGCUAGAGUCUUUUAAUAUCAGCAGCUUGUUUACUGUGGAGUAGUGGGGAGGGGUAGGAGAGACUUUGUGGAAGAUGAUACAAAAAAAAAAAAUCCAUCAAUUGCGCAUAUGAUCCCCUCCCCUUAAGGUUUACUUAAACAAUAUGUUUCGGUUUUGCCUCAAACCAUUCGGCGCCACCUCCACUCCGAGCAUCUAUCACUAGCCUGGUUCCUGAGUGAUUAAGGAUGGUCUUUUCUGUUAUAUAGCGAGCAGCAGUAUUGUUUGAACAAAGGUAACAUAUUUUGAUUUGUGAAAUUCUUUGGUAGUUAUUAGGAAGCUGUCUAUAGUGUAAGAGGAAUUCUAUACUCUAAACCCUGUGGAUGUUUGAUGCAGCCACAGUAACUCUACUGUGCUUGAAUUAUUGCAGCAAUGUGUGCAUGCUCUUGGAGCCAUAUUUUAUGUAUGUAAUUCUUAGAUCCACCUUGAUGGUGGAGUUUAAUGUGCUAAAUCAUGACCUGCUGUGCUUUUAACAGAACUGGAAUCGUUUAAAGAGAUACAUGACUUGUUUUUAAAAAGUUAGAAGUUUGAAGUGAGUGUGGCGAUUAAACAUAAUGAAUCAGUCAUUCCCAUAGUAUUUAGAUGUACUUAGAUUUUACUAAGAGAUUUCAAAAGAAGGAAAAAAAAAACACUCUAUAAAUCAAACUGCCCCCCCUCGUUGUGUAUCUUAAAUAGUGUUCUGAGAACAUUUUUGAAAAAGUCUCAUUUCUGUAGGGAGUGACAGUGUUUUGUUUUGUUUUCUUUUUUGUCUGAAGAUAUCAUUUUAUAAGCUAGCACUUUACAGUUUACAAUUCUAUUGGUUUAAAACGUUAUGCAGAAAUAUCAUGGAACAUGUAAAGACUCUGUACUCUGAGCCCAUGCAUUUUUCCCUAGGGUGAUGGAUUCUGUGCGUCACCCAAAUGUGAUGCUAUUUGCUGGGCUUGUAAUACUGGUUUGGGGUUGCUGGAUGUCCUAGUUCAUCAAGCAACAGAAUACAACAACGUUGGUAACUAGGUAAUUGACACAGUCAAAAUAGGCUCUGGAAAAUGUUCCAAAUAUUUUAAAGUCAGUUCAGAACUUAGCAUAUAUUCCAUUUAUUCAGCACUUAAAUAAACAGAUGAUUCAUUGCCUGCCCUUUAAGUCUGCUAUCGUUGAUAGCAGUGGAACGAAAUUUUAAUGCUUACAGUUCUUGUUUUUAUUUCUCUUUCUUUAGUUUGAAAGGAGCAUGGUUGCCUUACUUAUCCCAAUGAUUCCUUUAUCCAUUACUUACUUAUAAUUGUGAUCAUGAGUAGUAUAAUAGAAGACAUUUAUGUUCCCUGACGUGUAUGCCUCAAUCUUUAGAAGUAAUGAUAUUAUUCUUUUGAAAAUUUGAAUAAUUAUAACAACAUAGGACAACAGAUAACUUAUUUAAGCAUAGAAGCGUCAUAGGUGUAGAAAACAGGGAUGAAAAUAUUUUCGCUCAGAGCUGGUUUUGCUUACAGAGUUUGGACAGACUAUGAAGUUUUACACAUCAGUGAAAGUGCAUAAUAGGACGUGAUCUUUGUAAUUAGGUCCUACUGUAUGGCUUUCUGAGCACUUGUGCGAACUGCAACACCUUUUCUUCCAUGCAUUCAUCUAUGAACUAGAGAUAUGUCUAUAAACAGUGUAAAUAUGUGUCACACAGUUGGUUUGGGGAAUCAGAUUUCUCUAUUACAUGAUAUGGUUUAUGUGCCUAGGGAUACCCUUAAUAUCCUAGGAUUACUACAGCACACUCAUCUCCGACUUGAUGAUUCUAAGUACACACAUGUAUGUGUAUAUGCUUGUGUGCUCUUGUGCUGGAAGUCACUGUAUUUGAUUCUAUCAAACUAAAUGUUUUUUUUUUUAAAUCACAUUAAUCUUUCUCAGGUCUUUUUCAGUUAUUUAAUGCAUCCCAGAGCCUAUUUAAGAGUUAAAUUAGUUAUAACACUGGUUCUCAAUGCAAGCGAGGUUGACUUUAAACAGUGAACAACAUAUUCGACUUUAUGUGAUGUCAUGAUCCACAUGUCAUCUUAGCUCUGGAAGAUUACUGCAUUGGUUUCUCAAUAGUUAGUAGUUCUGAACAGAUAAGUGGUCCUAGGAAAACGGCGGCCACUUGUCUUUGCCUUACUUGUGAUGUUUUUAAUGCUGGCUGAAAGAGAAUCUAGGUCACUGUACUUCUAAAUGAUGUUAUUCAGUUGACAGAAGUUAAGACUGAUCGUAGAUAGUUUAAGUUUAAUCACUGUCCAUACUACUAAAUUUUUACAAUGUGUAUUGUCUUUUUCCCAAUUAUUUUUAUGUAAUUCUGAGACCCUUAUACCUCAUCUGUUUUCUUUAUUUUGAUGAUGUUUUUUUUGUAAUAUAGUUUUAAGUUUUUAAACAAACAGUUAAAAUGAUUAUGUUCACCACUAGAUGCAAAUAUUCUGUAAAGAUUAUUGCAAACACUGCUCCCUAGUUCUGUGGAGAUAGGAAAGUUCUAGAAAAUAACCUGGGUAAAGCCACCUUGUAAGCAUGAAGUAUUCUACACUGUUGAGUAAGUAUUUAAGAACAGUUUUUUUUUUUCCUUUUUACUAAAAUUGAGUUCUUUGCAUGUAAGAUGUGAGGGAAUUAGAGUAGGAAAUCUGCUGCCACCAUGAUCCAGUUCCAGUAAACUGUUUUCCCCCACCCUUUACCCUCUCAGUCUUCAGUCUGUUUUAAAAUGCUCUAUUUCUUACAGAAAUUUACUGUGUUGAAAGAAUGCCAUAAUUAUUUGUAACACAUAUUGCUUUAAAAAAAAAACACUUUGAUACACUAUAAAGCGGGAAGCUGUCACUCAGAACACUAGUCCAAAACGCAAAAAAAAAAAAAAAAAGAAAAGAAAGAAAGAAAAUCAUAUGUAUACAUUUUAUAAAUAGACCUAUGCACAUGGUCUUGAAUGCUGCCUUUGCCAAAGUCUUAAUCUUUUAUUUGUCGUGUUUGUUUACAAUUAAUUCUAUGUAUACAUUCUGCACUUUUUAUCCCAAGAAUCAUUCACUAUCUCAUAGCUGACAUUUAUUUAAAUAUACUGUGCUCUUACUACUCCCUGUAAGGUUCAUGUAUCACUGAGAAUAACAUUCCACAAUGUGACUGACAUGGAACUUGAUUAGAAAUAGACAAGGAUAGGUAGAUAGUAGUGUAAGCAGGCGCUCCUCAUUUGCCUGUUACAGAUUUUUGGUUCCCUUUAAAGAAGAAAUCUGCCUGAACAGAAAGGGGAGUGGGGUCUAUCCAGUCCAUGAUGAUGUAAGGCAUUAUUGAAGCAUGUGUUUUUAUUCAUUUAUAUAUAUAUAUAUAUAUAUAUAUAUAUAUAUAUAUAUGUAUUUGACACAGAAAACUUUGACCUCAGCCUGAGGUCCUUGAGAAUUUUACAUAAACCCCAGUGGGGUCACACUUAGAGUUCUGGCUUUGCGUGGCAUAGAGCACUCUGUGUGUAGCUUCUGCUGUGCUACUAUGCCGUUUUCUGUCAGGACUGGAAGAUCCUUUAAGUUGAUUUGGCCUUUGAAACCAUAACCAGAAUCCUUCCUUUCUGAAAAUCCUCUUGAUGGGUUUCAGAAGGGCAAGCAGGGCCACACGAUAUCGCUGACUUUAGGGUGCUGAAGAAAAUUAUCCUGAGACCAAACAUGCUGUCUCUGUUACUACCCCAUGCUUUACCAGCAGUUGGUCCCGUUCCCCCCCCCCCCUUCUCCUUUUUUCUAUCAGUUUUGAAAGGAUAUAGAAUUUGCCCCUUUAGUGGACAGAUGUACUUGCUGGGGGACUUUUUAAAUCUUCAUUUCUUUAUUAUAUUUAUAUGUUAAGAGCAGUGGCAUAGGAAACAGAAGCUUACAUACUGCUAAAUGAAAAUUUGAUUUUAUUGUUUGCUCUUGAGCAGGUCAUUUCCACUUAGUUCAUGUGACGAAAUACACCGAAUGAAAUUAAAUAAAACCGUGAUAUAAUUUGGAAAUAAUUAGGAAUACCACUUUCUUUUUUCUGGCAAAAACACUAAGGCAAUUUUACUUAGCGCUUUUAACCACCUCAGCAUCCCAAGUUUGUGAGUGUGAACUGGACCACUCGAUCUCAGGUGAUGUAUGCGAUGGAUGUUAUUUUGAUGUAGGGACGAGAGAGUUGCUCUGAAAAUGCUCACCAGUGUGUUUCAGAUUCCCAAGGGGUGAAUGCCAACUAUCACCUUACCAGCGCUUGGAGGUCUUCUGAGAGUUUUAAUUGUUUAUUGUAGUGAUAGUCAAUGACACAGGGCACAAGCUGCUAGCAUAUUUGUUCAGAGAGUUGGUAGAGCACUGUGAACGACUGACUACAUUGUCAUCAAGGUUUGGGGUAUAGCAUAAAACUGAAUACUAUUUGUCUUCUAAGGUGGGUCCGAAGUUUGGGGCUUUGCUGUUGACUUUCCGUCUCUCUGGUCCGAGUGUUAAAAUAGGUAGAACUAGCCAGAGAGAUCACUAAAGCUAGUUCUGUCUUUCAUGUCUAGGAAAUAUAGCACUGAAUGUUUGCUCUUUGUGUGUUUUGUCUCCAAGCAGAGGAAACUGACAGUUUUAUGUUUUAAGUGCAGAAAGUUGCUCUUGGCUAAGCAACCCUAGAGUUAAUCACAGGGAUGUUAGCUUGAAUUUUGGUCUUUCUACAGUUUCUGAUUUUUCAAACGAAAUGUGUUGUUAUUACCAAAUUGACAUCUUAACUUCUGGGUUGAGUUUUAGGUAAAUGUUUGCUUAAAUGCUAUUUCUUGAAGUCCAUUGCUUUCAAAAUACAUAGGUUUCCCCCACAAACCCCUUUAAGGCUUCAGGAGAGGAAAUAGUUAACCUUUAUAGGGUUUUUGCUUUGUUUUGGUUGUGUCUGUGUGUUUUCUUUCUUUCCUUUUUUUUUUUAGAUAGCUGAUCCUUUGCUCUUUCUUGUAAAAUAUAAACUCAUUUUAAGUGGAUUUGGCUUCUUUUUUUUUUUUUUUCCCCUGUCAUUCCAUCUUUUUCAAAUCUCUGAUACAGGAGAGAUCCAGACACGAGCAACAUAUUUCUCAAAGUACUCUCUGGCAGAUACUUUGGUCAUUUGUAAGGAGUCACUACAGGGAGAAGUCAUUUCCCGUGUGUCAGUUCACACUUUUACUUUAACUCCAGCAAAGAGUGAUUUGGAAAAGUCACGUACUUAAUCACUGAAGCUAACUGAAAUCCGUGAGCGGUGUAAAAGAACAUGACAUUUGUUUGAGUAUCAGUUAUAUUUUAUACUUGUGUAUUAAACUUUUCAUCGAAGGGAAAAAUACUUUAUCCAACUUUGAAUUCUAUUUAAGAACAAUUUCUGGAACUCUCCAGGAUUAAAAGGAAAAUAGGAAACAUCGUCAGUGAACCAGGUUGGAAUUCCCACUUUAAAGAAGAGAGACUUCCCUGUGACAUAUUUUAGGGGUGUGUGUGGAGGGUGUUUAAUUGUAAAGAAAAGUCUCUCUGCACCUGUAUGUUUUUCCUGACUACUGGUGAUGAUGACAGGCAUUCUCACAGUGUAGUUAUGUACAGAAAGAAGGCCCUGGCCAUAGGGAAAUCACAGUCCUGUUUAUAUGUAAGAGAAAAAAAAAUGUUUCCAUUUGAAAUAGAUGUACUUCUCCCUAAAGAGGGACGCACGGAGUUUUAAACUCCCUUUCACUGGAAGAAGGAGUAGGGCCAGAGACAACAGGGUUGGAAUUUCCAACGAAGUGUAUUUAGAAGUAGUUUUGUGUCUCUACUGGUGGAGAUGAGACUGCUCCAAGCAGUUACCUCCUCUUUUGUCUGCAGUGAUGUCAGGCAAGAAUUUAGCCAGAACUCUCCAGUGGGGCUUUCUCAGCAUUGAGGAAUUAGGAUACUGUAAGGUUCUCCAAAUCAUGUUUUGGGUGUUAUUUUGAAAUGACAAAUUUAAAUUUGAAUUAUAAUAAUGAAAUCAGAAUGGUACUUUUAGAUUUAAUUUGAAGCCAGUACUUACAGAUAGUGAAAAGUUUAACAGGCUUUUUUUUUUUUUCUUCACAUUUUCCUAUGUAGGAAAAAAAAAGGGGAGGUGGGGGGGGAUUCACUCAUUCGACUAGCACCAGAGAAAUAGUAGGUUGACUUUAUUUCCACAAUGUAUGAUAUGCUAUAUGAUAUGUUAUAUGGCUGAAUUUCAGGGGCAAAAUGAAUGUACCUUUUCAAUGGAUUUACAAUAAGGAAAUCACUUAAUAAAGGGAACUGAUGGUCCAAUGAAUUAAAUCACCUGCGGUGACAUGCAGUGCGCACUCUGGCCUCUGACAGAGCUCUCCUUGUUCUGUGACUCUGCUCUGUAACAUCUUCUUCUCCGUCUCAUUUCCCGAUGGCUUCAGUGAUUAUGCCUGAAUGUAUGGCCUUCUCAUUUCCUUAAAAGACCGGCCUAUAUGUGUGAUCUUUUACUAAUCAUCCUACAGAGAAGUAGGAUCCUGAGCAAAGGAAGGAAGGUCCUUUGCUCAAUGGCUGGCUUUCCUUCAGUUGUCAGUCACCCAGGACUCUGUUGUGGUCUGUCUUCAUCUUUGUUCUGUAAUACAUGUGUGUUCAGAAAGACAAUGGGGUCCUAUAUUAUUCUGGAUGUUAGAAACUCCUUAAAUUACUAUUCCACUGUUGUGUGCCCAUCUUGCUCUAUAAAGGAAAAAACAAAACCCUAGAGAUUCAGUAACAGGUUUUCCUUAUGUUACUAAAAGAAUGAUCACCAAAAUAAAUCUAAGUAAAUCAGUAGACAGUUUCCAGGCUUAUUCAGAAACUUUGCUUAAUAUUUAAGAUUCUUUAAUUUUUGUGUUUCUUUCUGCAGAUGGGUAUGGAAACAGAAUCAAAAUGCCAUUUAGUUUGUCAUUAGUACACAGAACUUGGUGCUUAUAUAACGAGUGCAUUGAUAUAUUUCUUUAUUGCAACUAUAUAUAUAUAUAUAUAUAUAUAUAUAGUUAUCGCAUGUCAGAGUUUCUACAGAAAAUUUAGGUUUGGUGUUUGUUUUAGACACUUUAAUGAUAGGAACCUCUUUAAAUUUGCUGAUAUAAAAUCCUGUUGGACUGAAAAACUAAUUAUGACAUGCCCACUAAAUCUGUUACCUUUUACUUUAGUUUUAAAAACUUUUGGCAUUUAACAAUAUUAAAGCCCAGCAAAACAAUGGUUCAUUUGAGUUAGUACUUUGAAUUUUUAUAUACUAAUCUAGUGUAUCUUUGACAUUGAGCCUGAAAAAUAAGCUUAGUUUAUUUGAAUGUGGUUAAGAAAGGGUUCAUAGCAUUUUAUACAAACUUCUCAGCACUUACAAAAACAAUUUAUCAAAAGAACAAAGGGGGAAAAACCUUUUUUUAUUAACUCUUUCCCUCUUAGUCCUGUAAUUCAAAUGAUAGAUACAUUUCAGCUUCAAAUGCGGUAAAAUGAAAUAUUUAAUGUAUAGAUAUGAUUAUUUUAUUUAUUUAUUUAUUUUACAAUCUCUUCACUUUACAUAUUUAGCCAUGGUUUGGAUGGAUUUUGACAUGGAUAUAAUUAAUGUUUAUUUUUUUCUUGAUUCUAAUCAAGUCAAUUUUCAUUUGGUGUGUUUGAAGUACAGAAUUCCCUAACAAACUUAUGAGGUAUAAUAAUACCUUAAAUUCCUUGUUUUUGCUCAGGGUUUAUAUCUAAUAGUAACAACUGCAUUUUUAAAGGGCAAAUACAACCUUGUCCCUCAUAAGAGCUGGACACAGACUGGUUAUAGCUGCAGUGUGCCUGCCCUGAGUUUAAGAACAAGGCUGAAUGCCAUGAAGGAAGGAUUUGAACUCUGCAUUCCUGGCUCUAUCUCAGACAGUUCCAGAAGUGACUCUGCAGAAAGCAGGAGGACCUGACAGGCUCUGGACGUGGGCUGAGCUGCAGGCUGGUCCAGACUGUGUACCUGAACCUCAUUCUUCUUGCUUGCAAGGUUAAGAAGAAGGAUGCUGUCAUUUGUAAGGCCCUUCAUUGCCUUGUGUCUCAGCCAGAUGUCAGGUGGUUAUUAUUUAUUAUUGUUUUCUUCCCCCUUGCUUUGGUUGUUUUUUUCUCCUUGAUGUUUCCUUCAGGUGAAAGCUCUUAUGCAUAAUUUAUCUAUAGGUAUUCCUUUAAAGAAACAGUCUCCUAGUAGAAAAUAAUCAUCUUUUUCUUGUUAGAAAUUAUCAACUGAAUCAUGAUACAAGGGAGUGGUUUAAGAGGAGUUCGCCAUUUUGACGAUGGUUCAGGUCACCUCAAUAGUAUCUCCCUCCUUUGUGCAGCCGUGAGUGCGCAAUCGUACUAUCUGAUGGCUAAAUCCCUUCCUCUGCCCUUACUUAACUUACAUCAAGUUUUUCUAUGCUUUUCAUUUAUUAUGUCAGUAUAGUGGAAUCUGCCAUUUUACUCUGAUUUUAAGUCAUAAUUUAAUAUCAAUAUGUACCUGAUGCAAUUAUAGCAAAAAAUAGGUAAAUCUCUCUCUUCCUCAAGUUCUUCUCAAUGAUUUUCUUAAUCUUGUCUUAAGUAUGUUUUUCCAAUUCAUUUCCCCCUCCAUAUAUUAAACACCUAUUUUCUUCUUUUACUUGAGGAUAUAUAAUGGCGAGUGGUUGCAUUUUCUUAAGCAGUCUGCUCUCCCAAUAAGUCAUUGUAUGCAUGCUUUUUUUUUUUAAAGUUUCUCUCAAAUCACAGUUAUGCUAAUGUUUUCACCUACUGAAGCAAAUUCCUUUUCAGGCAGUCUUUAAACCAUUUUAUACUUGUUCUCAUGACACAUAUUUGUGAACAAAGACUGUCUUAGAUGUUUUAUAGAAGGUAGUUAAAUGGGUUAUAAUCCAGUUGUAGUUGGUUAUAGAGCAUUCUCAGAAUGUAAGAAAAGUCUUAAGUACAGCUUUGUAGGUAAUCUAUGGCUACAGAAGGUGGGAAAUAGGUUGGAAUUCAAGCAGAAUGGAAUCUAAGGAACACUUACCAAAUACUGAAUACAACUCCUUAAACAGUUUUGAUAAAUCCCAUUCCAACUGAAAGGCUACUUUUAAUUUACUUGUCCUUAUAAGUAAAAACUGUUGUUUUCUGAGAUUUAUCGAUUCCAAUGUUUCCAAGUCAGAUGUGGAAUCCAGACUCUCCUUUUUUUUUCUUCCCCCCCCCCCCCCAGAUAAAAGAUAAACUGAACCACCUACAAAAAUAAGCGGAGAGUGGGGAAAAUAUUGGAUGCCCGAAUUUGGUUCUCUUUUCUUGUAAAUCAGCAGAGAAACUGUGCCAGGCCUCCCUGUUUCUUGACAGUGAUGCGCUGAAGUCACCAGCAGUGGCUUCACAGAAGCCAAGCCCCAAUGGAGUUUCCAUGUGAUUGCAAUGCUCAAAUGAGCCUGUCUGGCCAGCCAUCCUCUCCUGUGUCUCUCUGGCCUUAGUGAGUAGGGCAUUGCGGUUCAGCCCCCCUUCUAGUCGUCUGCCCUUGAUUUUUUUUUCCCCUCUAAACGUCUGUUUCUUUCUUUGAGGAGUUUAUGCUUCCAGCUUUUCAGCUGAAUAAAAUAAUCCCAGUCUCCCCUUUUAUUCCCGUCCUGCCUCUGGAUGCCAACGCCAUCAGCCUGCACCUUCCUUCAGGACUUGCUCAUCUUCUUGUUUCUCCUGUGAUGCUGGCACUCAGCUCCUCCCAGAGGCUUGUGAUUUACAAGUUCUAUCUGAAGGUCGCCAUGUAUUCUGUCCUCAGCCGAGUGCGCCUGGGUCCCCGGACAUUCUCAAACACAUUUGCUAAUGCUCUUCUGUCUUUAUGACAUACCUUUCAUCCAGCCUUACCUAAAGCAAUCCUCUCCAUUUCUCCUGAGGACUUCCACUUGUACGGAAGCAUCCUGGAAUUGGGCUACAUUUCUGGCUCUAGCAUAGCCCAAAUAAGAAUCUUCUUGACAUUGUAAACCCAAGAAAAGGGAGACCAGACCAAAUCAUCUCAGUAGUUUCUUAAAAAUGUACUACUAAGUGUGUACUUGAGAAAGAAUAUUUCGUCUCUUUCUUUCUUCUUCUUCUUUUUUAAUCCAGAAAAGUAUAGGGCUUUCUGAGGUUGAGACACUUGUGAAAUUGGAUUGUCAUGUUUCAGAGAGUAAUAGGAUUAUAUGGUGCUCCAUAAUUAGUAGACUCUGCUUGAAAUUUGCCCUGGUGUUUUGUUCCUAAAGUAUAAUAGUACUGGUUACAGCUUAGCGUGUUGCAUUUUAUAGUGUCCUUUCAAAUCUUGCAUUUUAAUGAUUAAUGAUACCUAACCAAGCAGAACUGUUCCAGAAAACUGAGGUAGAGGGAAGCUCUAAUACUUUCGAAAAUGAGAGAAAAGCAGAAUCCAUGACUACCUUCCAUCGUGUGCCUUAUUGGUUCCGCCUUUGACACACUGGUGUACUCAAUGCUGCAUGAUUAGAAAAGACAACAAGGGUGGUGAUGUUAAUCUCCACCAUAAAGGGUCAGAUAUGUGAAAUUGAACUUCUGUACAUUUAGUUCUUCUUUUCAGCACAAAUAUUGUGUCCUGUACUUAAAGGCGACUUUUGCGUUGGUUUCUCAGUGAAAGUGCCCAGUAAACAGGUCUCACGCCUCAGUGCUAAGGGAGCAAUGAUAACUUGCACCCUCAGAAGACCCAGCGUGGUUAGUGAUGAGUAAGGUUCUUUAUGCCCGAGGAGAACCAUAGCUAAUAUUGCUUUAAAAAAAAUGUCCAGUUCUGGCAGUAAAAGGACUUCUCUUUGCUUUUAAAAAAUACAGAAGUUUUCCCAACAAAUGACCAAUAAAGUGUUAAGUGAUUAUAGCUAAUGGAGCGAUUUCAUGCUGGAAGAAGACUGUCAAAGGCUUCUGGAUAUUUGAUUCUCACCAAUCACUUUUCCUUGCAUCUUAAAGCCAACUAAACACACUGAACUCUCUCUCUUCCUCCCUCCCUCUCUCUCUCUCUCUCUCUCUCUCUCUCUUUCCUUGUAAGCCCUGGGUCUUGGAUCUUUUCUAAGUGAUUUUAUUUAUUUCUAACUAAAACAUUUCUUUUAUCUGAAAAUUGGGAAGUCCCUUCAAUUAAACAAACGACUCUACUUAGCAUUUAGAUGUUAAGCAGCUUUGGGAAAACUUAUUACGUGAUAUUUUAAUUAUAUAUUUCCAAGGCCCUAUGGAGAGGGCACUGUGGCAGAGAAUUCCAGGAGAGGAUGUGCCAGGGUGCUCCUUUUGCUUCUAUGGCUGACUCACUUGUAAGAUUCCCAUUCCAAUGUAUCUGCCUCUUCCUUAGAGACCAAACAUUCCAAAGCUUCCCAGGAACCUUAGCUAAUUGCAUUUUUCAAGCAUACUGUUCUAAUGUCACCUUUUAUCUAUUAGCAACUUUACAAAUCCUUUGAAGGAGAUUCUUGGAUUUGUGAAGUGGUGUGUCUGUCUGCCUGUAUUUUUUGCACAUCUUAUAAGCAACAGUAGAAAGAGUUCUCUCUUUAAAAGUGCAUUCUGGUUAAUAAGUAGGGGUUUUUAAAAUCCUCUGUACUUUUCCACAACUGAAGGAGUGCAUACUUUUGGUUAAAGGCAAGUAGGCAAAAUUUAGCCCUGCUGUUCUGGUAGCCUUGGUGGCUUUAAAACACAAUCUCUUCAUUGCCAUUUCAUAAUCUCUGAGAUGACUGCCUGGCUCUCAUGUCCGCUAAAAGCAGAAAUAGAGGAAGGAAAUGUAUGUUUUGGCUUCAUCGAAGUGUUCCUUAUCAGAGUGUAUGUAGGAGUGGAUACUGAUGAAGAUGCCUCUAUUUGCCAGCUGGACAGCAUGUGUGCUGGGCUAGGUUCCUGUCAGCUAAAGCUGUGUGGUGCCCUUUAAUGAUAUGAAGGAGGACAUUCUUAAGUGGGUUGGACUUCGUUUUCACUUGUGAAAAUUAGGGAGCAGAGGGCGCGCAAACUGCGCUCAGUGGCUGGACUCAGUUUGCAUAGAAAUGAGCUACAAGCCUGAAAAACUUCUUCGGUUGAUGAGCAGCCAGCACUAAUGAAUGUAAGAGAAGCCACUGGUCUCAGGUGAGGCAGGUUUGCAGGGAGAAAGGGCGCUGAGUAGGAGCGCUGUCUCUCAUUAGAGGAUACCUUAACCUGUUACUCCUGGAGCACAUUUGUAAAGCUCAGGCUACUGCCUUGUCAGCUAAGCGUCUUGUCUCCACCUGCAACCGAAUCGAGGCGGGACUACUUAGGGAAGUUACAUAUUGUCCAGACCACAAAGGGUAGCCAAUGGCGUCAGGAUUUGGAUUCAGUCUGGCUCUGUAAAUCUGUAAACUGUUCUGUCCUCUGCUGGUUGGAUGAGCAAGAUUCCAGGUGCAGGAUCAUAUAGUAAUAGCUAUUUACUUAUUGGAGGUAAGGCCUCACCAUAUAUCCAAAGCCCUGGGUUUCCCAUUCCUUCUGCCUCAGCCUUAGGAAUUCUGAAAUUGCAGUUGUGCACGACAAUGCCUGACUUUACUCAGUGGAUUUUUGAGUAUUCAACUUUGUCAUAUUUGCACUGUUGCACUGUGAUUCCUUAAGCCAUAAUUCCUUGUUAGGAGAUAAACUGUCACCUUUAUAUAUGUUUAAAAAUGUUGACAGUAGUAAUCUAGACAUACCACAAAUACUAUUUUUUUGGUAACGAUAGCUGCAGUUCUAGUAAACACACACACACACACACACACACACACACACACACAGAGAGAGAGAGAGAGAGAGAGAGAGAGAGAGAGAGAGACUGACUCUGACUCAGAAGCAUAAGUAACUGCCUCUCCUGGCUCCAUUACAGUAAAAAGGCUGUGCUCAGCAAACCCUGAUAUGGUCCGGAAAAAGAACCCCCCUCUGAGAAACGUUGCUAGUGAAGGCGAGGGUCAAACCCUGGAGCCAACAGCUACAGAGAGCAAGGUAUCUGGGAAGAACAAAGAAUUGUCUGCAGAUCAGAUGUCAGAAAAUACAGAUCAGAGUGAUGUUGCAGAGUUGAACUCGAAGGAGGAACACAGCACGCAUGGCCAAGAGCCAUCUUCCAGCGGUAAGAAGGACUUGCAAAUCUCAGGCCUGAGUGAGAAGGCUGGCUUCAAUUAUGAAAGCCCCAGUAAGGGAGGGAGCCUUGUCUCCUUCCCACAUGAUGAGGUAACAGACAGAAAUAUGUUGGCUUUCUCAUCUCCAGCUGCUGGGGGAGUCUGCGAGCCCUUGAAGUCUCCUCAAAGAGCAGAGGCAGAUGACCCUCAAGAUAUGGCCUGCACCCCAUCAGGGGAUUCAUUGGAGACAAAGGAAGAGCAUAAAAUGUCACCAAAGGCCACUGAGGAAACAGGGCCAGUGCAGAGUGGUCAAGCCAAUUGUCAAGGUUUGAGUCCAGUUUCCGUGGCCUCAAAAAACCCACAAGUGCCUUCAGAUGGGGGUGUCAGACUGAGUAAACCCAAAGGUGACUUACUGGUGAAUGACAACCCAGACCCGGCACCUCUGUCUCCAGAGCUUCAGGACUUUAAAUGCAAUAUCUGUGGAUACGGUUACUAUGGCAAUGACCCCACAGAUCUGAUUAAGCACUUCCGAAAGUAUCACUUAGGACUGCAUAAUCGCACCAGGCAGGAUGCUGAGCUGGACAGCAAAAUCUUGGCCCUUCAUAACAUGGUGCAGUUCAGCCAUUCCAAAGACUUCCAGAAGGUCAACCGUUCUGUGCUUUCUGGCGUGCUGCAGGAUAUCAGCUCUUCACGGCCUGCUUUACUAAACGGAACCUAUGAUGUACAGGUCACUUCAGGAGGAACUUUCAUUGGCAUUGGACGGAAAACUCCAGAUUGCCAAGGCAACACCAAGUAUUUCCGCUGCAAAUUCUGCAAUUUCACUUAUAUGGGAAACUCCUCAACUGAACUAGAGCAACAUUUUCUUCAGACGCACCCGAAUAAAAUCAAAGUGUCUCUCCCGUCCUCCGAGGGUGUGAAACCUUCAGAGAAAAACUCUAACAAAUCCAUCCCUGCGCUUCGAGCCAGUGACUCUGGGGAUGUGGGAAAGUGGCAGGACAAAAUGACAGUCAAAGCUGGAGAUGACACCCCUGUCGGCUACUCAGUGCCCAUCAAGCCCCUCGAUUCCUCACGACAAAAUGGUACAGAGGCCACCAGUUAUUACUGGUGUAAAUUUUGUAGUUUCAGCUGUGAGUCAUCCAGCUCCCUUAAGCUGCUAGAACAUUAUGGCAAGCAGCACGGAGCAGUGCAGUCGGGCGGCCUUAAUCCAGAGUUGAAUGACAAGCUUCCCAGGGGCUCUGUCAUUAAUCAGAAUGAUCUAGCCAAAAGUGUAGAAGGAGAGCCAUUGACCAAGCCAGAAAAGGGCUUGAGUGGGGCUAAAAAGAAGGACUUCCCCAGCAAGGGAGCAGAGGAUAAUAUGGUAACGAGCUAUAACUGUCAGUUCUGUGACUUUAGAUAUUCCAAAAGCCAUGGCCCUGAUGUGAUUGUAGUGGGUCCACUUCUCCGUCAUUAUCAGCAACUCCAUAACAUCCACAAGUGUACCAUUAAGCACUGUCCAUUCUGUCCCAGAGGCCUUUGCAGCCCAGAAAAGCACCUUGGAGAGAUUACUUAUCCGUUUGCUUGUAGAAAAAGUAAUUGUUCCCACUGUGCACUGUUGCUGUUGCACUUGUCUCCUGGGGUGGCCGGAAGUUCGAGAGUCAAACACCAAUGCCACCAGUGUUCCUUCUCUACCCCCGAUGUAGAUGUGCUCCUCUUUCACUAUGAGACCGUGCAUGAGUCCCAAGCAUCGGAUGUCAAACAGGAGGCCAACCACCUGCUAGGAUCUGACGGGCAGCAGGCUGUCAGGGACAGCAAGGAGCACUCGUGCACCAAAUGCGAUUUUAUAACCCAGGUGGAAGAAGAGAUCUCGAGACACUACAGGAGAGCACACAGCUGCUAUAAAUGUCGUCAGUGCAGUUUCACAGCUGCUGACACUCAGUCACUAUUGGAGCACUUCAACACAGUUCACUGCCAGGAACAGGAAAUCACUACUGCUAAUGGCGAAGAGGGUGGCCAUGCCAUACCCACCAUCAAAGAAGAGCCCAAAAUUGACCUCAAGGUCUACAGUCUGCUAAACCCAGACUCUAAAAUGGGAGAAACAGUUCCCGAGAGCAUAGUCAAGAGAGAGAAACUUGAUGACAAGGAAGGGCUGAAAGAUAAAAUCUGGACUGAGAGUUCAACUGAUGACCUUCGUGGUGUGGCUUGGAGAGGGGCAGACAUCCUACGGGGUAGUCCAUCCUACACUCAAGCAAGCUUAGGGGUCUUGACGCCUGUGUCCAGCUCCCAAGAGCAGACAAAGACUCUGAGGGACAGCCCCAAUGUUGAAGCUGCCCACCUGGCACGACCUAUGUAUGGCUUGGCAGUAGAUACCAAGGGCUUCCUGCAAGGGGCUCCUGCUGGCAGCGAGAAGUCUGCAUCUCUUACCCAGCAGUAUCCUGCCUCCGGAGAGAGCAAGACCAAGGAUGAAUCCCAGUCGCUGUUACGGGCUGUGACAAUCUCCGGAACACCAAACAGGAGGAGGCGAAGAGGAUCUGGUGUUUUUUGUGCCAAUUGCCUGACCACAAAGACCUCUCUCUGGCGAAAGAAUGCAAAUGGCGGAUAUGUAUGCAAUGCAUGUGGUCUCUACCAGAAACUUCACUCGACUCCCAGGCCUUUAAACAUCAUUAAACAAAACAACGGCGAGCAGAUUAUUAGAAGACGGACAAGAAAGCGCCUUAACCCAGAGGCACUUCAGGCUGAGCAGCUCAACAAACAGCAGAGGGGAAGUGGGGAGGAGCAGGUCAAUGGAAGCCCCUUAGAGAGGAGGUCAGAAGAUCACUUAAGUGAAAGUCAUCCGAGAGAAAUUCCACUUCCGAGCCUGAGUAAAUACGAAGCCCAGGGUUCAUUGACUAAAAGCCAUUCUGCUCAGCAGCCAGUCCUGGUCAGCCAAGCUCUGGAUAUCCACAAAAGGAUGCAGCCUUUGCACAUUCAGAUAAAAAGUCCUCAGGAAAGUACUGGAGAUCCAGGAAAUAGUUCAUCCGUAUCUGAUGGGAAAGGAAGUUCUGAAAGAGGCAGCCCCAUCGAAAAGUACAUGAGACCUGCAAAACACCCCAACUAUUCUCCACCAGGCAGCCCCAUCGAAAAGUACCAAUACCCGCUUUUUGGAGUUCCUUUUGUACAUAAUGACUUCCAGAGUGAAGCUGAUUGGCUACGGUUCUGGAGUAAAUAUAAGCUCUCCGUUCCUGGGAAUCCGCACUACUUGAGUCAUGUGCCUGGCUUACCAAAUCCUUGCCAAAACUAUGUGCCUUAUCCCACCUUCAAUCUGCCUCCUCAUUUCUCAGCUGUUGGAUCAGACAAUGACAUUCCUCUAGAUUUGGCGAUCAAGCAUUCCAGACCUGGGCCAACUGCAAAUGGUGCCUCCAAGGAGAAAACCAAGGCACCACCAACUGUAAAAAAUGAAGGUCCCUUGAAUGUAGUUAAGACGGAGAAAGUUGACAGAAGCACUCAAGAUGAACUUUCAACGAAAUGUGUGCACUGUGGCAUUGUUUUUCUGGAUGAAGUGAUGUAUGCUUUGCAUAUGAGUUGCCAUGGUGACAGUGGACCUUUCCAGUGCAGCAUAUGCCAGCAUCUUUGCACGGACAAAUAUGACUUCACAACACAUAUCCAGAGGGGCCUGCAUAGGAACAAUGCACAAGCAGAAAAAAAUGGAAAACCUAAAGAGUAAAACCUUAGCACUUAGCACAAUUAAAUAGAAAUAGGUUUUCUUGAUGGGAAUUCAAUAGCUUGUAAUGUCUUAUGAAGACCUAUUAAAAAAAUAAUUCAUAGAGCCUGCCUUAUCCAACAUAAAAUUCCUUUUUUUUUUUAAAUUCUUUCUUUUGAUGAGUAGGUUACCAAGAUUUUAAAAUGAAACAUAUGGUCAGUGAGAAAGAAUGAAAUUAAUAGAUAAUUAAAAAAAAAGAAAAAAAGGAAAUCUAGAGUGAAAACUAUCUUACCUAAUGUAUACUGCGGAAUCUCUAUACAGAGGUCCACCAAAUUAUAGUUAUUUUGUUUGUAAAGAAUGCUCUCUAGAAUUCGAAAGAGUUUACAUACUAUCAUAUGACAGCAGUAUUAGGCUGGCUAUUGGCCCAUCCAUUCAGAAACCUGCAAUAGGUUGUCUACAUCUAAAACUAUCAUAAAAUUCUAGCCAAAUGAGAAGAAAAUGAAUCUCCAGGGCAAUGGAAGAAAAAAAAAUGGCACCUCUCAAAUUAGUCUCCUCUCAUUGACCAUGUUUCAGAUUUAGACCUCAAAAUGUGAACUGUGGUUAGGCUUGUUGAACGAGCAGUAAGAAUCGUGACAGUUGGUGGCACAAUGUUUUUUGGGCCAGCCCUGCCUGUACAUACACAUACACACCCUCUUUGAUAUUUUUGUCCUUUAGAUGUUCCAGUACUUGGUAGUCAUUUUGUUCGCAGUUUAGAUUCAUUUUGUUCAAAUAUAUUCAUUCUUAAAACAAUGUCCUCAGUGCUUAUGUAGUAACUUUAUUUUAGCCAGAUAUUUCUUUCUUGUUGAUGAUGAACCGGUUUGGAAUUUUUUAAACCUCCUGUUGGUCACUAAUCUCACUUGGCACAUUGUAACUAAAGCAAUCCCUUCACUUCAAAAGACUAGAUAAAUACAAAUGUCAGGCCAUGGCUUUAAUUUGCUGAGAACACAUGGUAUUUCUCUACAAGGUAACCUGCUGUAUUUAUUUAUUUUCUUUUGGUUAAAUAUAAUGUCCAAACUUUGUGGUCAGGCAGCAUGCAAGGUUACGUUACCACAGACUGACAGUUGGUAUAUGUACCAAUCAAUCCCUUCAUUAGAUUUAUACAGAUUUAGUUAAGUAGCAUUAAGUAGGCUUCUUAGAAGUAUGUCUUCAUAGUCCUUUUAAUACUUAAGGCUUUGUAAAAACUAUCCAUGAAGGGAGAGCUCCUCGGCAUAACUGCUCAGGGAAAUAGGGCUAAAUAAUUGAACAUUAAAUAAUUGGUUUAAGGUGCUGUUAGUCGAGCCUCAAUGCUUGCUACAAGGAUGUAUGUACAAGGACUGACUUUAAUAAUUUGCAUUAUAUUGUCCCAACCAGUAGUUUAUUUUUUGCCACGGAGAUGUAGAAGAUAUUACAAGCUACUGGAUGCACUGUCAGAUUAACUUAUUUCAUUAAAGAAGUUGGGAGAACAAAUAGGAAAAAAAAACUUAUUUUUCUAGUAAAUAUUAAUGUAUUACAUUUCAAAUAAUGGUGCCUGACAUAUUGAAUAAUUAUUUUCUACAGUGUACGUAUGCAACAAAGAUAUUCCAUCAUGCAUUAGAGUCAGUUCUGGCUCUGCCUAGCUGUUUACAUUUGCAAAUGUAGCAAACAAGGUAAUGAAGCAACUAUUUCUAUUGCAGUAGGUAUCUCUAGUGUGUAUGUGUGCGUGUGUGUAUGUGUGCAUUAAAGUUGUAAACGGUAACAUGAAACAAAGGAAGUUCUCAGUGUAAUGGUGUGGAAAACAAGAAGGAAAUGAAAAUAUUUUUAUGCCUACUUAGGAUACAAGGGUAGCACUAUUCAUUCCAAGUACUUUUUUUUUUUUUAAUUUUAAGCUCUUAACUCCCAUUGUUAUGCUUAAGAUGAUAAACAUAUAUUCUCUUUUUAUUGCUUUGUCUGUUUCAGAUGAAACAUUUCAGAAAUUAUUUUGAUAUGUGUUGCUGGAAUCCGCAGCACGGAUGUUCUUAUUGCAUUCUGUAGUGGCGUUUGCACUCCAGUUUUACAUUAAUUCGCAGUUGCUUUUGUAUUGUUUUGUUGGGUUGGGGUUGGCUUCUUUCUCAGAUGCGGGAGUCUCAUUGCUUAGAGUUUGGAUGGCAGGUAGAGUUAACCAGUCUGUGACUGUUCCAGCAAAUGAAGUUCAAAUUACCUUCCUGAUGCUAUGUUGUCCUCAUCUUCAUUCUUGCAUUUUUUUUUGUUUAUUUUCAUGUUUUAAAAAAAAAUGGAAAAAGAAAAGAAAAAAAAAAGAAGAUCGAGAGAAAGAAAAUCAGGACUAAGGCCUCUGCUUUGGUUUCAUUGUUAAAGGACCCUGUUUUAAUCUCACCUGUCUGUGGCAUAGCUCAAAUGUUCACAAGAACGGAAAUAAAGAGGUGGAAUGAGGAGCUUUGACAUUCAAAUGACUUGAUAUAAUUUAUCUUUCUUAGGAUUUUGGUGGCUGCAUCUCAGAAUAAAGAGGGCAAUCUGAGAGGAGUCAAAGAUCUGAAAAGGAAAUUUCCCAAACAACAUAUUUAACUUCCUUAGUAACACGAAUAUCAAAGUGCACUGUACUGAUCCUCAAGGCUCAUUAUGUGUGGACUGCCCAAUUCAACAACAUGCCAGAAAUUUGAUCAACUUGGGCAAUAUUGCACAUUACAUCUUUGAUAUCCUUAUGCAAUGUCUUCAGUGUGUUAGACACAAGUAGAGUUUUCAUUGUUGGCAUGUAUGCCUUUUGUUUUUUCAUUCCAUUUUUUUUCUCAGUCAGACAUAGUAGCAAUGAUUAGCAUUGAAAAUACAUAUCACUGUGCUUGGAAUAUUUAUGGUCAGUCUACUUUCAGUAGAUUAUCUUUUGGAUAGCAUUGGCGUAUUAGAUCUUAUUCCGUAUUCCUUUAUUAGUAAUUACUUUUAUUUUCCUGUUUGUUUAUGUUAUGCAUAUUUUGGUUGAGAAAAGUUGGGCCUUAAAAAAUGAUGGACAUUUAUAAUAACACUAAAAUACUCAUUUUUUUGAUGACCUAAAGUUUUGAUUCCAUGUUUCAAAAUGUAUUACAAAAAUGAGUUAUAUUUUUAAAGGCAUUUGAAGACUUUUGUCUUAAAUUGUGAAGGAUUUUAAGUGAGGUAUUUAGGUACUUAACCUUUUUCGAAGGACUUUCAAGAUGAUUUUGAAACUUUUCUCUCUUGGAAAAGUCUUCUGGAGAUACCAACUAAAGUACUGUGCCAUUUCAACCCUGCCAUUCUUCUCAAGUUAUUUGUCACUUCUAUACUGAGCUUUGGCUUCAACACUGGGCCAGAGUCAACUCAUGCACGUCCUUCCUUUUCCUACAUCUCUCUCACCUUCUCUCACCCCCAGGAAAGUACUGUUGUUUGGGAUAUAAAACCAUAAGGAGCCAGCCCACCUCAGAGCAUUGUGGCCUGGGAGACACUACACGACUCUAAGUACAUGAGAACGGGAAGGAGCUCACAGAGUUAAUAUAUUCUCUCUGUUGUUUAGACGACAAAGAGUUGGCCCGUUCUCUCUACAUGACAUAUUGAGAUGGGUUUUUUUUUUGUUUGUUUGUUUGUUUUGUUAAAUCCACUUUUAAGAUAGUGAUGUUCUGUUCUAAACUGUUCUCUUUUAGUAAAGGUAGAGUUUAGGAAACAAGCAUGGGGAUUCUUUUCUAAGUUAAUAAGGAGGAGAAAACAGUGAUUAUCUUCAAGAGCUUUUUGUGGAAGCCUGUGGUAGCACAUCCUGUUUAUGAUUGCACAUGUGCACAUAAUCUAUUAUGAUCUAAUGCAAAUACAGCUCCCAAAACAUUAAAUGUACAUACAUAUAUUUUAAUUGCCUGGGGAAAUGUUUUUCUUAAUAAACUAAAGAUGAUCCAUAUUGCUAUCAAAAUAAAUAUUACCCUCUUGCCUUGUGGCUGUAAAACAUCACAAAGUGACCUGUCUUGAGACUUUUGUACUGUCUGCCUACCUAGUUAACAAACAUUAACAUCUUUUAUAAGUGGGAAUAUCUGCCCUCUGGAGGUGGAACUAUGGAGAGACUAUGCUGGUAGUCUGGUGGUCAUGCUGUCUCUAGGCCAUAGUCCAGCCUCUUACCCAUACUUGAGAUCAAUUACACUCUUUGGGUUGAGGGCUGCACCAAAAAAUACUAUGUGACAUCUUUGUUUAGCUGGUAGGUUAAAGGCUUUCUGACUUUGCUAGAUAAGUGGGGCUGAGGAACUGUACACCUUGAAUAUGAAACUAAAUGUACUAACCAAAGAAACGUACGGUUAAGUGUACCAGGCUACUGAGUAUUAACUAACAGUUAAUGGUGGUUAGAAAUAGACGCAUGGAGAGCAGAGCUCUCAUUGAUUUGGCCAGUGCUAAGAUAUAUUGGCUUCUUGCAGGGUGUUUCCUUGUGGUUGUUGCUUGCUAGUUCGGAGUGUUCUCAUGUGUUUCUGAUCAUAGUGCAACAGUUUCUCAAGCAUUUCCCACUUACAUAGAUUCAUUGGGCCCUCUGGAAGAUGCCAGGGCAGAGAUGUACCAAGGCAGGGAUGAAGAAGAGGUAAAAAUCCACAACAAUCCACCUAGUUCAAUGGAUAAAGUAUGCUCACAUAUUCUCUCAAAAGAAAUGUUAGCAUGGUGAGCUUAUGCUGUCCUGCACCCGAGCAAAGCAAGGAUAACAACCAUAAAAAACAAUGCUUAACCUUUCUCAGACCCACAAGUCCCAAACCUGGAUCCCAGUUUUAUCCCAUAAUUUCUUCAAUACAACAACUGCAAAGUAGAACUCUUUCUUUCUGCGCCUCAGGUUCCUCAGCUGUAAAAUGGAAAGUAUAUUAAUAAUAAUAAUAAUAUUAAAAAUAAUAAUGGUAAUGUAGUACUUGUUUGUAACGCACUUUGAGAUCCUUGGUUGGAGGGCACCAUAAGAGUGUCAAGUAUUAUUAUGUGGCCAAGGGGGUUAUUUAAAACUCUGGUUCCCACGGGCCGAGAAAGUUUGGCAUCAUUUUUAUUAAAGAUGAGCUGUAAAUAUCUUUUCUAAGCAGCCUAUAGUGUUGGCUAUGAAGAGGCAAGACUAUAACCAGGCUGAUAAGACCAUAGUUUUUUAAUGGCUACCAAAAAGGCACGUGUCACAAUAACAAAUGCUGAAUUCUUUAGGGUGUAAUAUUUGACAACAUGAUUGAUCUGGGGGAGGGGAUGGGUGGAAAAAAACAUCUCAAAAUGCCAAUGUAAAACUAACAGCAAUAUUCACCAGCAGAAAAUGUCUUUCAUAUGGAAUGAUUUCAUGUUGAUAAGAAAAAGCAUUCAAUUUGUAGUCCUGAUUUGAACACCAGACUGUGGGGUAUAAUAGUUCUGUUUUUACAACACAUGGAAUUUUUUUUUCAUUUUAUUUCAUUUUGUUUUCAUAGUGCAUGUUCAUUUCGACUCACAACAUGUUCUUGGUGUAUUUCUUAUGCAAACAAUCUUCAGGCAGCAAAGAUGUCUGUUACAUCUAAACUUGAAUAAUAAAGUUUUACCACCAGUUAUCCAUGACGGCUUUGGUAUGGUUUAUAUGGAUCUACGUUCAUCCAGGCAGCAACAGAAGCUACGGAUCCUUAACAUAUCAAUGAGCUCUGAACUUAAAUAAUAAAACUGAAACCAGGUCACCUAUUAAAAAAAAAGUCACUAAGAUGUACUAAGCUGGAUUCUUUUCAACUUGAUUUUUCAUUAACCAAUCUGUUACAGGUAGAUUUUUCUGCUAAAAAAAAAUUAUACUAUAUUUUUAGGAAGGUUAAUGAUACUCUUGUUUAUUUCAAAAGGAUUCUGAACAUCAGACUUUGAGUGUUGCAUAUUGAUCUGCUAAUAAUACCUUUCAGUGUGUAAAUACUUCCUUUUAAGAACUAUAACUUUGAUUCUAUUCAGUAUCCCCAUGUGCAUGUGAAAUGAAGAUCCUGAUAAAUAUCGCAAAUUAAAUUCGUAUUUUAAAACCGU